ACCAAACUUAUCCUAUUCUCCAUUCUCGCAAGCUCAGUGGGUCCCAACGUCAUCAACGUCAUCGUGUUAUCUGCCGUUGCGAUUUAGCAGGCCUUUCUGCUACCGCUGAUGCCUUUCCAAAGAGGAUAAACAGAGAUGGAGUCGGAGGAAGAGCCGUUGGUGUCGGAUGAAGAGUCCGGCUGCUGCAGCGACUCGGGGGACAGCGACGAGGAGGGGUCAGCGACCCCUGCCCCCUCGCUGACCUCUGCCCGCGUCCCCCUGAUCGCGUGGGGGGCGGCCGUGGCCGCCUCAGGCAGCGCCCUGGUGGCCACACUGCCGUUGGCCGCUCCUUCAGCCAGCUCCGUUCCGUGCCCCCUGUUUUUGGCCGUAGCGGCCGCGGCCGUCGGCCUCUGUGGCCUCGCACUGUUGGCGCCGCGGGUCGGGCCACGACGAGGUCAUCUGGGGCCUCUGGUGAGGGCCGGCGGCUUCCAGGGUGCGGCCGUCGCGGCCCUCGGACUGGCCUCUCAGCCUGGCCGCCUCAUGUGCCACCUGCAGGUGCCUCUAAUGGGCACCGGACUUGCUUUCGCACUCGCAUUUUGCUUCAUCAUUUGUAAAAAAGUGGUGAGUUUACGGCGUCUCCUGAGUGGGCUGAUCGUGAUCCUGGGCGUAUUCGUCAGCGUCGACCUGCAACUGUGCAACGAGUUCCGCUGCCUGGGCAACCAAGUGCCGGCCGCGAAGAAGUCGGCCUGGGCGGCCAACGGUGCCCACUUUUUCUGGGCCGCCGUCUACGUGCUCGCCAUCGCCAUCUGGGCCUUCUCGUGCGCCCUCCUCGAGAACUUCUUCCUCCUCACUAAGGCGAAACCGUCGGCACUGUUGGUGAGCACCGUGGAAACGUGGACGGCCGCCCCCGACCUGCUUUUGCCGCGGGCCGCCCCCGAGGAGGCGGCGUGGAGGACUUCAGUAGACGUGGCCGCCGUGCUGGCCGCCGCCCAAGUGGCCGCUUUGGUCGUUUUUGCCGCCAUCUCGGCACUUGCCACCGUUUUGCUCAAGGGUGUGUCUCCGUGGGACUGGUUGCUGGAGCUGUGUUGGUGUCUGUGGCAGCAGGCGACGUGCGCGUGGACGCCGUGGGUUUUGGCCGCCACGUACGCACCCUUCCUCUUCGCCACGUGCCACUUCCUGCGCACCACCGAGUCGGCCCUGUUCGCCAUGGCCGCGGCCUCGGUGGCAUUGCCUGUGUCCGGGGUCUGGUGGUCCGUCGUCCGGAUGCAAGACGAAAAACUCAUUUUCGACCCCACCUUGUCAGGCGACCUGGUCAGCGCCUUCUUCGGCCUGCCCAUCAUUGGCGCCGGACUCGUGCUCUUUGCCAGACUUCACAUGGCCGAGCUGAGGAGGCGUCUGCUCUGACCUUCCGAAAAGAAAAGAAACCCCCCUGGAAAAUUGUUUUAUUGAGAUAAAUGUAAGCAUUAUUUUUAAGGUGUACAUUGUAAUUUUUUUUACCAAAGUUUUUAAGAUCAAAUAACGUUAAUCAAUAAUAAUAUUUUGUUGUUGGUUUUUAAAGAAAGAUUUUUUUAAUUGAAAUUUGACCGAAUUUCACAGAAAUCAUGAUAAAAAAUUUGCAUUUUUAAGCUUAGACUUUUCCUGCCAAAUGAAUUUAAAUCUCUAGAAAAAGAAUAUUUUUUAAUAAAAGAAAUUUCACAGAGUGAUCAUUUAUUUGAGCCAAAUUAUAAGGGAAAUGAUUUUAGACGAUCCCGGCUAAAAUGUUAAAUUUUUAAAUCUUCAGUUUACAGUUUUAAGAUGUCUCAAUGAAAAUGUUUUUAGAGAUAAAUCGCCAUCAAAAUCACUUAGGCCGAUUGUUUAUUAGCUGAGAAAUACCAACCAUUCCAUAUCAGUGAAAAAGCAACAAAUUCUGUAAAACAUGUGCCAAAUCACCCCCAUAUCCAACCGAACAUAUUCAUUCUCCGUCACUAAGUUUUAAAUUUAUCGUUUUUCGCGAUUCGCAAGGUACAAAAUUGGCGACGGGGAAAACGCGAAUUUUAUUAAAAGAAUAAAACAAUUAAAUUCUCCAUCUCAUUAGUCAGUUUUUUGUACGUGCCUUGUUCCAUAAAAAAACACACCUCAAAAAAGACAAAUAAAAUAAUGUGUGUAAAAACUUCGUCAGGGCUAACCUACUUAGAGUUUCUUGUAGCACCCGGCUAGAUUGUGAAUUUCAAUUCAGGUAUAAAAUUCAAGUCUACUAAUAUGAGUAUUUUUUGUUUAAUUCUCUGAAUCUCAAAAUGCUAUUCACAUAUAAAAAAAAAUUGUAAUCUUGGUCCAUGCAGCUUCCAGCAUUUCGUUAGGAACGGUUAAAUGAACUUUAAUUUAUAUAUUAUCACGGCUUCCUUUUUUUACGCAAUUAGUACUAACUGAACUUUUUAGGGUGUUUUUAAAGAUCUUCCCAUGUAAGAUUUAAUUUGAUAUAUGUGGCAAGAAUUUACAAAAUUUUAUUGAAAUGAACUCGAAAACAGGUAUAAACUUGAAUUGUGAUAUCAUCUCAAUUUUGAAUUGCAUUCAUCUAAAUUUAUGAAGAGACGAUGUAAGUCUCACGUUUAAGAUUUUAUUAAAUCUUGUUAAUCGUGUAACCUUUUGCGUAUAGGAAAGAGGGUAGGUCUAAAUGUAGGACAAACGUUUGAAAAUUUUAUAAAAUUUUGAGCCUCGGCUAUAGAAAAAUCGAUAGCAGUGUCGUUUGCGAAUGCAGGAGAGGAAAUAAGGCAAUCUCAUUUGAAUUUUAAAUAAGGUCACUUUCUUGAAAUCCUGCCAGUUGUGGUUAUAUCUUUAACCUCAAGUGCCAGUUUUCGUUUACGAAAUUUUAAAGAAAGACAUUUUUAAGCAACAAAAGAAGACAUAUUUGAAAGCCAUCCAAUGCAUGAAUUUUGGCGAUUUUUGUUUUUUGCUCUUGACGAGGCUGUUAUUCUUUUAGAAAGUUAGGAUAUCCAGGGUUGGGCGGAAUUGUUUUGAAUUUAGAUAAAUCCUAAGCAAAUUUCUAAUAUGUUUUGUGUUGAGCUCAAAAACACUGCGCAAUAAACGUGUGUAUAUUGAAGGUGUUUGUUAUAAUAUAAGUAUGAGCUGCGUCUCUCUCAAAUUGGUGUUUUACAGGUUGGUGUGUGUUGAGAGUAGGGGGCGAGAGAUCGCAAAUAAAAUUUAAUACAUAAAAUAAAUAUGUGCCUUCAUACACUCACACAUACUGAUAAUGAUACGAGACGCGAAAGGUGCGGCUGAAAAACUGCGCUAUUUUUCCACUCACCAUACCUUUGAGAAAAUAACAAAAAAAUUUAAUAACAGCCGAGCACAUUCACAGACAUUAAACACCUAUGGAAAAAGAUAAUUGAGUUUCUUCUCUAUAGAAAAAAUGAAGAAUGCUUUUUUGAUAUAUGAUAAAAAAUAUAAACACCGUCUGCGAUUGUGAUAUGACUUUUCGACGAAAGCGAAAUUUUCACACUUACUGCACCUUUUUCAAAUUUAUACAUAUAAAAGCGUCAAAUAUAUAUUAUGUAACUCAAGAGGAUUCUGUUUUAAUUGUCAAUUAUUUUCUUACAUAAAUAUGAUUCAUUUCAAGUUAAGCCCCUUUUGGUUACAUUUUGGAAGAAAUAAAUUUGAAAUUUACAAAACAUUUUGAAAAGUGUAUCAAGAUUAAAUAAAACUUGCAACAUUGAUUUAAUUAGAAAAUUUAUAAUUAAGUCAAUAUAACUUGUCAAUUUUUUUCAUCAUGUGAAAUUUUAUUUAAUUUUAUAUUAAAAAAAGGAAAAAAUUACAGAUGAUCGUUGAUCGUGUUAUAACAAAAAAGAAUUAUUUAUGCAUUCAAUUUAAUUUAUAUUUUGCAAUCAAACUAAUUUGUUUACUUUAAAUGGUAGGGAACACAUAAACGGCAUGUAAGUGUGAAUUUUUGGAAACAAAUUAUGUCUAACAGGAGGAUAAUAAAUGUUUAUAUAAAUUGCUGCGUACUGUGUUGUAUAUCGAUCGUACGAAUUUCAAUAAAUAUGUAUAAAUUGUAUAACCGUCUCAUGUAACUGAAUAUAAACGUUAUAUCGCUCUUGAAAUGUUACCGCGAGAUAGUGAGCAGAAGAGAAACAUUAUGUUGUGUUUUUUGUGAAACAAAACGUCUCAAGAAAAAGAAAUAAAAUGAAAACAAGCCACUUUGUAA